AUGCCUACCUAUGCUAAGUUCAUUAAGGACAUAUUGAGUAACAAAAGGGACUGGAGAGAGGCAGAAAUAGUUAUAAUUACCAAGGAAUGCAGUGCAGUCAUUCAGAGAAAUCUACCGGAGAAACUGCAAGAUCCUGGGAGCUUUAUAAUCUCCUGCACCAUUAGAAAUACCUGUAUAAAGAAGGCUUUAUGUGAUCUUGGAGCUAGCAUCAACCUAAUGCCACUGUCACUGAUGAGGAAACUCCAAAUUGAAGAAAUAGAGCAUAUCCGCAUCUGUCUUCAACUUGCUGACCCCUCAGUUAAAUUCCCAUUGGGAGUAGUGGAAGACCUGCUUGUGCAAGUGGGACCAUUUACCUUUCCUGGAGACUUUAUGAUACUGGAUAUGGAAGAGGAAAAGAAUGCAUCCAUCAUUUUAGGAAGGCCUUUUUUAGCCACAGGAAGAACUAUCAUAGACGUCCAAAAGGGAGAAGUGACACUUAGAGUCAAUGAAGAUGAGGUUGUACUGAAUGCAGUCGAGGCUAUGCAAUACCCAAAUCCCUCUGAGGAAUGCAUGAGGAUAGACGCCAUAGAGCCCUUGGUCAAAGAAGUGUUUGAAGCUGAAAAACUUGAAGAGGAACUGGACACUCUUCUUCAAGACACUCUGCCUGAACUGGAUGAGCCAGCACCUCAGAAGGAGGCACUAAACACGCCUAGUGUAGAGGAAGGGCCUCCUAAACUCGAGCUAAAGCCUUUACCCCGAUCCUUAAAGAAUUCGACAUUGAAAUCAGGGACAGAAAGGGGGUCAGAAAAUCAGGUAGCUGAUCAUUUGUCCAGGAUUGAGCCUGAGGAAGGAACGCCACCACCUACUACUGCUGUGAAUGAGACAUUCCCAGAUGAGUACCUCCUUGUGAUUCACAAGGCAUCGUGGUUUGCAGACAUUGCAAACUAUAAGGCCAUGCGGUUCAUUCCCAAAGAGCACACAAAACAACAAGUCGAAAAACUUUUGUAUGAUGCUUAG